AUGAUGAUGGUUGCUAAGGUAGUCUGUGCCAUUUUCAUACGGAGCUGUCUCUGGGUGUUACUGGUCUCCUCUAGUUUGACCCGUGCAUUUGAGUCCGACAUAGAUUGCCUGAGAACCCUAAAGUCCCAGCUCAAGGACCCCAAUGGACAUCUGUCCAAUUGGUUAUUUGGAAACGAAGCUGACCACUAUAUCUGCAAGUUCAGCGGUGUGAUUUGCUGGCAUGAUGAUAGCAAGAACAGAGUGUUUAAACUCGAGUUUGGUGGUUUUGGUCUUGAGGGAGAGUUUCCUAGUGGGGUUAAAGAAUGCUCCUUCUUGGUUGGUCUCAAUCUUACUGGAAAUAGCCUCUCUGGUACUCUUCCACCAGACCUGUUCUCCCUUCUUCGCUAUCUUUCUGCUGUGGACCUCUCUUACAACAGCUUCUCUGGUGAAAUCCCUGAUACUUGGUCAAAUAUCUCCUACCUAGACACUCUUUUGCUUGAUCAUAACCGGUUCACAGGUCACAUACCGCCCGGGUUAGUCUCGAAUCCACGACUCAAGCAGUUCUCGGUGGCGCACAAUGAUCUCGAAGGUCCAAUUCCCAUAUUCACCAAUGCAAACAUCCAUCUCUCGAGUUUUGAAGACAAUCCGGGUCUGUGUGGUUUCCUGCUGAGUCCCUGCCCAGCAGAUUCAUCCCAUCCCAUGCCUAUUAUCGCAACAAGCAUUGCUGCAGCUGCCUUUUUCCCUGUAGGUGCAUGCUUGGGCUGGUUCUGUGUUGGCAAGAGACUGAAACAACGACGGAGAAGACGUUAG